CCCCCUCCUGCGCCGGGGCCAGCUCGGCUUCUCUGAGGCACGGAAACCUGCCUGGAGCCUCAAAUCCGCUUAACUACACCACACGGCCGGGAAAGCGCGCACAUUACCUCGAGGAACUUUGGGUCUCGGCGCCCGCCGUAGACGUCGUGCCAGAGGCGUCCCGUUGUCUUGGAGCCGGCGAGACGCCGUUAGGCCUCCCCCGCCGCGGUCACCAUGUCGGUGCUGGAUGCGCUUUGGGAGGACCGGGAUGUCCGCUUCGACAUGUCCUCGCAACAAAUGAAAACAAGACCUGGAGAAGUCCUUAUUGAUUGUUUAGAUUCAAUUGAAGACACCAAAGGAAAUAAUGGGGAUAGAGGUAGACUCUUAGUAACAAAUUUAAGAAUUAUCUGGCACUCUUUGGCAUUACCCAGAGUCAAUCUUUCUAUUGGUUACAACUGCAUAUUGAAUAUUACAACAAGGACUGCUAAUUCUAAAUUACGAGGCCAAACUGAAGCUCUUUAUAUACUAACAAAAUGUAACAGUACUCGUUUUGAGUUUAUAUUUACAAAUUUGGUUCCUGGAAGUCCUAGACUUUUUACUUCUGUGAUUGCAGUACACAGAGCAUAUGAAACUUCUAAAAUGUAUCGUGAUUUUAAAUUGAGAAGUGCGCUAAUUCAAAAUAAGCAACUAAGAUUACUACCACGAGAACAUGUAUAUGAUAAAAUCAAUGGAGUAUGGAAUUUAUCCAGUGAUCAGGGAAAUUUAGGAACCUUUUUUAUUACCAAUGUGAGAAUCGUGUGGCAUGCAAAUAUGAAUGACAGUUUUAACGUCAGUAUACCAUAUCUGCAAAUUCGGUCAAUAAAGAUUAGAGAUUCAAAAUUUGGUUUAGCUCUUGUCAUAGAAAGCUCCCAGCAGAGCGGAGGAUAUGUUCUUGGCUUUAAAAUAGAUCCUGUGGAAAAACUACAAGAAUCAGUUAAGGAAAUUAAUUCACUUCACAAAGUCUAUUCUGCCAGUCCUAUAUUUGGAGUGGAUUAUGAGAUGGAAGAAAAGCCACAGUCCCUUGAAGCUCUGACAGUUGAACAAAUUCAAGAUGAUGUAGAAAUAGACUCUGAUGAUCACACAGAUGCUUUUGUGGCUUAUUUUGCUGAUGGCAAUAAGCAACAAGAUCGUGAACCUGUGUUUUCAGAAGAACUGGGGCUUGCAAUAGAGAAAUUGAAGGAUGGAUUCACCCUUCAGGGACUUUGGGAAGUAAUGAGUUGAUCGUGGUUUGAGCUGGGUUUCUAUUUAAAGAUAUCUCAAGAUUAAAGAUACUAGUCGCCUGCUAUAAGGCAUGGCAUAGUUUUUACAUUUACGGAAAAAGCUUUUCAGAGAGUUUUUUAAUGAUUAAGGAAAAACUUAUUUGUCGAAGAUUUUAUUUCCAGUCUUCUAAAAAUUAUAUUUGAAAUUGUAAUCAAAAUGU